AUGGCGAAUAAUCUAGAGCGACGCGACAGUGAUGUAGAAGAAGAUUACAUAGACAUGGAAGUAACUUCUUUCACAAGCCUGGUACGCAAAUCUCUGACCAACAACAACAACAACCCUCGAGAAUUCGAGUUCCAGAUGACUCAUCUUUGUCCUCUCGAGAUAGACAAAACUUCUUCUCCUGCAGACGAACUCUUCUACAAAGGCAAACUCCUCCCUCUCCACUUGCCCCCACGUCUCCAAAUGGUCCAGAAGCUUCUAGAAGAUUACACUUUCGACGACGAAUUCUACAGCACUCCUUUAGCUACCGGAACGGCUACAACUCCGGUGACGAGCAACACUCCGUUCGAGUCGUGCACCGUCUCUCCGGUAGAGUCUUGUCAAGUGAGUAAAGAGCUUAACCCUGAAGACUAUUUCCUUGAUUAUUCAGAUUCCGUGGAGGAGAAGAAAUCUUGGGGCAAGAAACUGGGAUUGAUCAAGCAAUCGAACCUUGGAACGAAGAUUAAAGCUUCAAGAGCUUAUCUAAGAUCAUUCUUUGGUAAGUCAAGUUGUUCUGAUGAGUCAAGAGUUGCUGAUGAAGGAUCGAUUUUGAGGUAUUCGCGAGUGCAGCCUCCUUUUGGACAAGUCAAAACAGAGAGACCUAAGAAACAGGUUAAUGGUUCUGUUUCCGGGAGCCAUAGGAGAUCUUUUACGGUUUCUAUGAGGAGACAACCUGCGAAGAGUUCGAACAACAAAACAUCGAGUAGUCUAGGGUUUCGUCCGUUGCAGUUUCUAAAGAAAUGUCCGAGUUCGAAUUCAGAGAUUGAGAAUUCUAUUCAAGGAGCUAUCUUGCAUUGCAAGCAAUCUCUUGAACAGAAGCAAAAGCAGUAUAGUGCUAACGAGGUCGGAUUCUGUUCGUUGUCAGCUUCAAGAAUUGGGGUGAAGGAUGAUCAAGAACGGGCUCAACUCUGUAGGGGAUAA